AUGGCCGACGAGAUGCAGAUAAAUCCACAGCGAGCAAAGCAGCUUGCAGAGAACCUCGCCAGCAUAACCUCUCGCAUCAAUGCUGCCAACAAAAGCUCUAGACAAAUCCGGCUUAUAGCCGUCUCCAAGCUCAAACCCGCCACCGACAUCCUCGCGCUACACCAGCAGCCGCAACCUAUACACUAUCACUUCGGCGAGAACUAUGUUCAGGAGCUGCUAGAGAAGUCGGAGCUUCUGCCACGGUCGAUACGAUGGCACUUUAUUGGAGGUCUCCAAUCAAAUAAAUGCAAGCAGCUGGCAGAAAAAAUACCAAACCUCUGGUGCGUGAGCAGCGUAGAUACCGAGAAGAAGUGCGAUCAGCUGGAGAAGGGGCGCAAGGCGUUGGUCGAAAGUGAUGCUUCGGUGGAACCGUUGCGCGUCAUGGUACAGGUCAACACCAGCGGCGAGGAGUCCAAGUCUGGAGUUGAACCGGAUGAUGCGCUCGCACUGGCAAAGCACAUUGUCGAUAAGUGCCCUACUUUGCGCUUCACGGGGCUGAUGACUAUCGGCGCAAUCGCGAGGAGCAAGGCCACCACAGCCGAGACGGAGAACGAAGACUUUGUGGCCUUGAGAGAUAUUAGAGACAAGGUUGCUGAGGGUCUGAGCUGGGAGAAGGAGAAGCUGGAGCUGAGCAUGGGAAUGAGUGCAGACUUCGAGGGCGCAAUAACAAUGGGCAGCGAUGAAGUAAGAGUAGGGAGCGACAUCUUCGGCACAAGGCCAGCAAAGAAAGAUGCGGUGGUUGUGGAAAAGGGUUAG